UUGGCUGUAAACCAGUAACAAUAGAAAUAUUUAAGACUUAAAAGAGUAAAUGAAGUUGUUAGUCGCUGUCAUUGUAGUAAAUUAAGUUACUAAAACUAGCAAAAUGCUCUGCUUUUUGCGUGUCUUUGAAGUCACAAAACACAGUUCCUCUAUUUAGUACUAUGAGGGAAGAAAAAAAUAGAAAGAGAAUUAGUGAGUCAUAAAUCAGAGAGCGAGAGAAAAGUAGUGAGAAAUAGAGUGAGAGGUUAAGGAAAGAGAGAACAAUGAAGAACAGAGCUUUUGGUCAGAUUAUGGAUGAUGCAGAGAAUCCAGGGUUCUUCAAGAUCCUUCGACCGGCAGAUUUAUCAUCUGAAAUCAUGAGAGGGAUCCCUCUAAACUUCAUCAAAAGCAUCUCGGACGAAGAGUUCUCGCAUAAGAUGGUGCUAAAAGUGUCAUGGGGAAGCUCUUGGCCUAUCAAAAUUUGUAGAAACCCAAGCUUCUACUUUAUGGAGAAAAAAGGAUGGGAUCAGUUUUUGAGCGACAAUGGUUUAGGUAAUAACGAGUUUCUUACCUUCACGCACCAAGGAAAUAUGUGCUUUAGUGUAGACAUCUAUCAAAUAGACGGUAAGGAGCUACUUACACCGCGCAGAUCUGCAACCAUUGCUUCUAGUUCCGGUCGGAACAAGAGAGAACAAAGGAAGAACAUCUACGAAGAUGUGAAGAAGGAAGAAGAGAUAGAGUCUUGGUCUGAAUCGAGCUAUCCUGGUCUCAAAGCAGCUGAAUCCACAGGAAGAAGACAAAAGCAUGUUACAAAGAAGAAGAAGAAGAUGACAAUGUGUAACGAUUCUGAAGACGACAAUGUGUCUCUUGUUCCAGAAUUUACCCUCACCAUAAAGAAAUCAUACCUCUUUUUCUUGGGGGUUCCGAAGAUGUUUGAGGAGUUGCAUAUGCCAAGGGAAGCAACAAUGUUCAAGAUUCAUGAUCCGGAAGGAAAAAGGUCAUGGGAUGUUAUGUAUAAGCUCGCUGGUACACAAUCAAGAUUCUGUGCUGGAUGGAUUCGUUUGGCUAAAGAACUAGGUCUAGUGAUUGGAGAUGUUUGCACGUUCACACUCAUCAAACCCACCGAGAUGCUUGUUAAAGUCUCCAAAUAAGAGAUGAUGAAGUUGUUUGAUCACUCUCUCAAAAUCUAGUUUAUGUGUUAGGAACAAACUGCACUAAUUAUAUAUGGUGUUAUUAACUUAUUGUUGUUGUUUGUUACAUUGUUUCCUCUCGAGACCUUUUGUGUUGUUUCUCUCCGGUUUGGAAUUAUAAUUUCUCUUAACCGAGAGUUUUAGCUCCGGUUUGAUUCGGUUUA